AUGCGGAGCUCGCGGACCUCUCCGCUGUUUGGGUUGCAGCAGCCGGUCACGUUGCUGUUGUUGUGUGUGUUAGCGCUGUUGCUGUUAUCGCCCCCAGUUUUUGCUAAGGCAUUCCUGCGGCCGGUGACGGCGGCGGACCCGGCAUUCGUAGCGACGGUUCACCACGCAAUUCGCUUCGAUCGUCAGCUGUUGAACCCUGCGAAUGCGGUAAUGUCGUUUGGUUCCCAGGCGUCCCUGCUGCGAGGCAGCAUCGCGCUGUUUAACCCCGCCAACAUCGCUGUUCACCGGAUGCAGACGGUGUUUAUUCCCGCUGAGCGGCACCUGACGCAAGGGCAAUGGGAUGCACUGGUUGAUCUGCCUGUGCGUGGCGUCGUGGCGGCCUUGUCACCCUUCGACACGCACAAUGAGAGGUUGUUUCAGCUGCGCCUUGCGCAGGACGCCGUGCGAUUUCCGGUGUAUUUUCUCCAGCAAGACGGUGAAGACGCGCGACGGCUGACCGCGACGCUCACGGCCCUGAAACCCCACGAGUACGCCGUCAUCUCCAUCGGCGAGAACGAGAAGGCGGUUGCCGCGGUGGCCAACAUGUCUGUAGUGGGCAUUAACCUCUACGCCUCCCUCGUUUUUAAGCCGAAGGGGACGAAGGCAUCGACGGAUCUGCCGCGUCUGCUUCUCACGGCGUCGUUCGACACACUCGGAGUCGCACCAUCUGCCCACACAACCGGUGGCGCCUCUGGCGUCGCUGCGGCGCUCGAACUCUGGCGACGAUUUAAUGUGGAGGCGUCCUUGGCGGCGGAGAGCAGAAGAAAUGGUGGUGCAGCGUCUUCCUCGCCGUUUGGUCUUUCCGUGCUGUUGGGUAACGCCGCCCGUUUUAACUACGUUGGCACGACGCAAUGGAUCGCGUCGCGUGAGGAGGAUGAACUCGAUCGCUAUCAACUGGUGAUAUGCCUCGACGAACUACUACCUAUCGGCGCUGAUGAGGAUGACGCUGAGGCUAACGAUGCAGGCAAUGACGUCGCCACAACGCUGUUCAUGCACGUACACGAGUCCUUCGCUAAGAGCCCGCAGUUCGCCGCGGUGAAGAAGACGGCGGAGUCCACGGCUGCGCGUCACGACGUCAUUUUGACUGUUGUCCCCGCAAAGACGAACUACCGCCACUACGAUGUGCGUUUUGAGCACGAGGUACUGGCAAACCGGCAGAUACCUGCCGUGACGUUUUCCUCGGUUCGUAAGUACCGCGUUGAUCAACUUUUCCGUGGCGGCCACCCACCCAUUCCCGUGUCUAACGUCAACAACACGGCCGGUGCUGUGGCUACGAAGCCACCCAAGUUUGUCAUGGACUUCAGCCGCCGGGUGAAUUUUUUGCAUGCCUUUGCGGGGGCAAUGUUGGCUCGUGCGCCCGCCACGGCGGUGGGGCCGUGGGUGGGGAGUGCCGCGUACAUGCUGGGUCUGCUGCGCCACGCUUCCGACUCCCAGCGCAGCCCCAUUUCCCGCGACAGUGCGGGUCCCUUAAGGUACGCGGAGGCGCUUGAGACCCACAUGAAGCGGACUGCCGCCACGUUAGCCUCUCGCCGUGUCGUAUCGACGAGCGUGUCGCUCUCAACGAACCGUUUUAAGCUUCCGGGUGUCGUGCUUGUGGGGCCGUACGAUCAGGUCAUGCGCCUCUUCGUGGCGAGGAGCCUCGUCGUUGAGCUCGGCAUUUUUGCCGCGGCGCUGGUGGCCAUUAUUGUCUUUGCCGUCUGCGAGUUUGGCUUGGAGAGGACGCGUCGCACGCUACUUGAUCCGCUCUUGCUGAUUCAACCAGAGAAGUAG